GGUUUGACAUUUUAAUUUUAGAAGAUAAAUAUGAUAAAUAUACAAAUUAUCUAUUUUUUACAUAAAAAUAGAAGUUAUCCAAAUAUAAUAUAUAUAUAUAUAUAUAAUAUUAUAUAUAAUUGUAAGUAUAAAAAUGAACAAGCUCAUGAGCCAGCUCAUGUUCAUUAAAAAUUGUUCAUAUAACUCGUGAUUUAAUUUAAGUUCGAUCAUUAAACUCAUUUAUUAAAUGAGCUUAAAAUAUAGAGAUCGUGCUCAUGAAAAAACAAGUUGAGCUGAGUUAGAUUAUGAGCUAUAGCUCAUUUUGACACCCUUAUAAAUAACACAUGAGGUAAAAAUUAAUUCUAAUGUGUACUCCUCUUUUAAUAGAGUAGAUUAAAAGUGAUAUGAUCUCACACAAUUUUCAAAAGAAAAUAAACAUUGUUACAACAGUUUCGAUGGAGUACCAAAUUGGUAAGGUGUUACCAACAAGUAUGUUGUUAGUCCUAGUUUGAAAAGCGUAUAGAAAAUGACAAGUAUCAUAACCAAUAGUGGUUAGAGUAUAGACGGACCAAUACAAGGAAGUAACAUAUCGGAUCCACGAUAUUUCAUCUAGAAAGUCUUUAUUUGAUGCUCAAAUCGGAUAUUUUCUGGGUCAUGGUUCCGUGCAGCGAUGAGGUAAAAGAAACACGCAAAAACUAACCAUAAAGAGAGGGACAUGCAAGAUACUCCAAUUAAUGAGUUGCUACAUGGAGAGUAGUGUGCGUUAAAAAUAUUAACAUAUAAUUUAAAAAUAUCAAAAAUAUGUCAAAUCAACUUCAUAAUUAAUACUUAUAAUAUUUAUAAAAAUCUUAAAUUUUCCAAAGUAAUUCUAUCAAAAUAAAAUUAAAAAUAUCGACUAAUAUAAGCAAACAAAAAGAAAAUAAAAAGGAAGAAAUUUGAUAUAUAUUCAAUGCACAUGUUUAUAACAUAACAAAACAUUCUUAGAAAGAAAAAAUUGUAAACAUAGAUAUAUGUCCUUUUACGAGCUGUUCCACCAUCGGUCUUAGUUCUUGCCCACCAUUGGAUUGACGUCCACGACGUGAUCUGCUAGUGUUUAUUGAACAUGACAUGAUAUCUAACAAACACAUACAAAAUACUAUGUUAUUUUCCAUCUCAAUCUUAUUAGAUUAUAGAACUCGCUUAAAAUUGUAAUAAAAAUGUGUAUCUUUUGUUUGACAAAAAAAAAGUGUGUGCGUCUUGCGGUAAAACUCUAAACGCUUGUUUAGGUUAUGUUGAAAGAAUUAUUAUUUUUAAUAUAUAAUAGAAGCAAUGGACGUGGACCACUAAUGAAAAUGUUAAUUUUCUAGUUCAUGGUAAUAGAUAUUUACCAAGUUUUAUUAUUUUCCAUUUAGUUCCUUGUUAAAGUUGAUAGGAAAUAAUUUUGUUCUAUCGUUCCAUAUACAAAGAGGAACAAAGAGAAAUUGUGUGUGUCCAUUUAUGUAAAAAAUUACUAAUGCAUGUAAAAAGAAAAGGGAAUUAUUAGUAACGUAAUAUUUCCUCUCGUUCCUUUAGUUCAAGGUGGUCACCAUUUAGGCCCGUAAACUUGUAAUAUCAUAAAUCUCUGCUAAGUAAUGCAUAAAAUUUAACCAAUAGAUCAAUUCUUUGUUCUUAGGGCUGAGUACAGAUACUCCAACUAAGAUGAUGAGUGGUUUUGGUUUGAGAGAAUCUCAUGGCUCGACAAAACUGGUAAGAAUUGUUGUGGUUGGUGAGACAAGAACUAGGAAAUCAAGUUUGAUCAUGGCUGCAGUAACUGAUCAUAACCAUCCUGAUCCUAGAAUCCCUCCUCUGUUACCUUACACAAAUUUACCUUCUGAAUAUUGCUCUGAGGAUGUUCUGUUUACCCUUAUCGACACUUCUUUGAGACCAGAAGACAAGGGAGAUAUCAUUAGGGAAGUCAAGGAAGCAGAUGCAAUAGUUCUGACGUUUGCAAUGGAUAGACUACUAGAGACUUUGGACCGUUUGAGUGAAUAUUGGCUUCUUCUGUUUCGACAUUUAAAGGUGAGAGUCCCUAUCGUAGUAGCAGGUUAUAGUGUUAUCCAAAAGGAACACAAUACAAUCGACACUAAAGAGAUAACAACACCUAUAAGGCAACAAUGUCGAGAAAUCGAGAUAUGCAUUGAGUGGUCUGCUCCGAGGCUAUCUGAUAUCAGUUGGCUUGCUCAAGCGGUUUUUGUGCAAGCGCAAAUAGCGGCUAUGAACCAUAUAGGACCCGUAUAUGAUCAAGUAACCAAUUCACUGAAGCCUCGAUGUGUUGCUGCCUUGGAACAUAUAUUUGAACUCAAUGCAUGUGACAAUGAUUACAUUCUCAGUGACGACGGCUUUAACCAUAUUAAUGCUCGUUGCUUCAGUAUACCAUUGAUGCCUUCUCGUUGUAGAGCAUUAAUAAAAUCUGUUCAAGAACUGUGUCCUGAAGGAGUCAAAGAAAACAGCCUCACAGUAGAUGGCUUUUUGGUUCUAAUCACAAAGCUUAUCAUGGAUAGAAAACUCAGAACGUUAUGGACUAUGCUUAGGACAUUCGGAUACAACAAUGAUAUAAGACUUGUAGAUGAGAUGAUUCCUUAUUCAUCAUUCAAACGCAUACUUGAUCAGAGUGUUGAGCUGACAAAUGAAGCUAUUGGAUCCUUAAGGAGAGUCUAUCACCGUUUCAAUAACUUGGGACCUCAAAUGAUGGAAUCUCUCUUUGAAACUGCACCUGAAAGCAAAAUUAACCAUGAAGAGAGUGACAUGUAA